AGCUCUACUCACUUCGACAAAAAAGGGCUGAUCUGCAGAUGGGAGCAGUUUGACUGAAUUAUUCAGCAUAGGCUCUUCCGCACAAAGUAAUUUUUUGGGUUGAGAAAUAACCUAUCAAUUUAAUUUUCGUGCAUAUUGUUUUCGUUUUUAUUCAUCCUAUAAAUUCUACAGUAUGUUUUUGUCGUUGCACUUUGUUUUGCUGAGCGUCGCUUUUGUGGACAGCGCAUCCAUUGUGGAAGACUGCAUCAGAUUCAAUGGUGUGGAGUACAGAGGGGAGCAACAGAGCUCCUCCACAGGACUAACCUGUCUAAACUGGACCAACACAACCCGGGACUAUGAUGUAAUGGCAUAUACAGAUUCACAAAUGGGCGUUGGGGACCAUAACUACUGCCGUAACCCAGACUCUUCUGAGAAGCCCUGGUGCUACGUGACUGACCUAGACGCACAGGCCCGGAGACAAUCCUGUGCCAUUGACACCUGCAAAGACGAAGCCCCUACAGAGGCAGGCCCCCUUACCACAGCACAGAGAGAGGUCUUUGAGCUGACCAAGUCUGGGUCAGCCCAGGGAGGGGGCGCUGCGGUCCAGCCAGUCAUUGGCAUCAGCCAGCGGAUACGCACAGGACCCAAGAAGAAGGACCUGGGCACUCUCGGCUAUGUGGUUGGCAUCCUCAUGAUGGCCAUCAUCAUCCUCAUGGGGGUGGGCAUCACCUUCGGCUACUUCUACAAGAGGGGUCGGGACCUGAAGAAGCAGCAUGAGCAGCGAGUGUAUGAGCGGGAGAUGCAGAGGAUCACCCUGCCCCUGUCGGCCUUCUCCAACCCAACCUGUGAGCUGGUGGAUGAGAACUCCAUCGUCAUCAUGGCCGAGGAGCAGACCCCCACCCAGGAGGGCAUGGAGGGGGGAGACCCCCUGAUGGGCCAGCAGGCUGGUACCCCAGGAGCCUGAGCACUGACCACCCCACUGGACUGGGAAUGAACAAGGACAUUCGAACCUCAGAGGAUCCAAAUACUCCCCUCAGCCCCCAAAUCACCCCCCUUUUUUAAAGGCCUAUGAGGAGAAGGGGAGCAGGGCUGAGCUCCAAAGACUAAACUGUUUCCUUAUUGCCCUGGUUUUAACACACGUGUCACCAACAGGGAAAAAAGAUGACAACAGGUGGAAUUGAAGGACUAAUUUCACUCCACAUGGAGACCAAUCGGGGAUGGUUGUGUACAAAAGUGCAUGUCAGGGAUGCUCAUUAAGAAACAGUGCAUUUGAUAUCCAAGAAAACAUGAUCAUGGGCUGACGCUCUGCUAUAGCAGUAUGAUUGUCUUGUGAAUGGGAUGUGCAUCAAUCAACAAUAAUGAUGGAGGGUGAUGUUAUAAGCUUUGGAUGAAGAGUAGGAGACAGUGUUUGGAAAGGGGGAAAUCAUAGCCUUUACUUAUUCUUUCUUUUUCAUAUUGAGGUGUUCGGCAGUUUGGUGUUAUGGGCUUACCUGAGAAAACAAUGCUACACUUCCCCUGGCCCUUUUGGCUUUGCUAGGGCGGGUAUGGGGAGGGCAUCUACUAUAGGAAUAGGAUAGCCCUGUUAAACAUCUGCGUUAGACAUCAUAAAGACCAUUGGAACAGAUGUGGAGUAAUUAGUUAGCAUCAGGGAACAAAGACCGUUGGAACAGAUGUGGAGUAAUUAGUUAGCAUCAGGGAACGAAGACCGUUGGAACAGAUGUGGAGUAAUUAGUUAGCAUCAGGGAACGAAGACCGUUGGAACAGAUGUGUGGAGUAAUAAUUAGCAUGAGGGAACAUUUGUCAGAUCUGCAAAAGGAAACAUCUCCUGCUCUCUGAAGCUGUGACGUUGCCUUAGCAUAAUGCGUCUGAAUGUAUUUGUACAUGGUUCCCCUGGUGACCUUUCUGUUUAACUCAUAAGGCUGGGUGAUAGAAACCAAGGUGCAGUAACUAGAAACAUCAGGAGUCGUUGGCUUUACAUGAGAGGACAGGCUGUAUGGUUCCUUAGGUUAGAGACUGACAGGAAAAGGGAGACGUCUUUGUAAAUCGGAGAGUCUGUUCUCAGGAGGAAAUGCAGCAUCACAGCUGUGAAACAGAAUACAGCUUAGUCUGAGGUCUGGCUAGAACCGGACAGAGGCUGUCUGAAUGACGCUUGGGCAGAACAGAAGUCUGUUUAAAAGUUGAAGCCUGGGGCAUUAGAUUGAAUUUAGACCAUUUUGAAUUGUGUCCCAAAUGUCAGGGCAAGCAGACGAGCAAAGUAAAAGGGUAAUAAACAGGAUAUGAGUCCAAAACUGAGGUAACCUACCAUAUUAGAUAUUUACAGGAUGGAAUAAUUGCAUAAUAAGCAGCCUGUUGCAUGUUUUGAAACAGGAUGCUGAAAGUAAUGCCACAGUUGGUUAGAAAAUGUAACAUGUUAUUGACCAAUGUAAUAUCUUUCUGCUUUACAUGAUUUCUCUAUUCUGCUAAUGCAAUAUCUUGCAUCACUCCAAAUGGUUGUCUUUUGUGAUUUAGAGUUAAUCUUUGAAAUGGUUGUCAUUCUCCAUCACUGGUUACUCUUCAAUCAUUGUGGUUCCUUAGUUUUGGUGCAAUGCUGUUUUUUAAAUGUUUCUUCACUGUUGCUCAUCAUUGGAAAUGAGUACUUGUAAGUUUGGCAGAUUUCAAUAAAAUUGACUUUGAAAAAGCA